CCGGGGCCGGCGCGGCUCCUGGGGGGCUGCGCUCGGGCAGGGCCGGGCAGUCGGAGCCCAGCUCUGACUCUCCGGGGGCGGCCGGGGCUGCGGGAUGGGAGCGCGGCCCGGCGGGGCCCCCGGGCGGCGUUGACCUGCGCAGUCCCGGCGGGGAGGCGGCGGCGGCCGCUGGUCCCGGGGAGGCGGCGGCUGUUCCCCGCUGGGUCGCGGGGCCCGGGACCCGGAAGCAGAAGCGGGGCCGGGGGCGGCUGGAUGGGAAGCGGCGGGGAUGGGGGAGCAGCAGAGCUCGCUGAGCGCCCUGCGGGCGGCCGCCGCCGCCGCCGCCGCCGCACCGUUCCCGGCCGGCGGGGCCCGGGAGCCGGGGCAGGAGGCGGCCGGACCGCGGGAGCCGGAGCCCGGCAGCAGGCGGCGGGGCGGGGAGCAGGAGCCGCUUCCCGCCGGGGCCCCGGGGAGUCCGGAGCGCAGCGGGGAGCCGCCGCCCCCUGAGCCCCCCGCGGAGGAGCCGGGGGCCGGCGGGGAGCCCCCCGAGGAGGGGCCGGGGCGGGACUGGGGCAGCAGCCGCCGCCGCAUCCCCCCGCGGCGGCACGUGUACUGCACCGUGUACUGCGUGGAGAACGACCGGGCCGGGGCCGGGGCCGGGGCCGGGCCGGGACCCCCGCCCGCCGCAGCCCCCGGGGCCCUGCCCGCCCGCCGCGGCCCCCUCGGAGACCCCUUGACCUCGGGGGGCAGCAUCGAGGUGGACUUUUACCUGCUGCCCGAGCCCUUCUCCGGGCUGAUAGCGGGGGACUUCGGGCCCCUGCUGGUGCUGAGCUGCCGGGUGUGCCUGGAGGAGAAGCCCAUCAAGCCCCUGCCCUGCUGCAAGAAGGCGGUGUGCGAGGAGUGCCUGAAGCGCUACCUGAGCGCCCAGGUGCAGCUGGGACAGGCAGAUAUAAAAUGUCCAAUCACAGAGUGCAAUGAAAACUUGGAUGAACCAACUGUCCUCUACAACCUGCCACAUGAUGACAUCAUCAAGUAUAAAUACUUCCUGGAACUCAGCCGUAUUGACUCCAGCACCAAGCCAUGCCCUCAAUGCAAACACUUUACCACUUUCAGGAGGAGAGGUCACAUUCCAACCCCUACGAAAUUGGAGAACAAAUACAAAAUCCAGUGUCCAACUUGCCAACUUGUCUGGUGUUUUAAGUGCCACUCUCCCUGGCAUGAAGGUGUUAACUGUAAAGAAUACAAAAAGGGAGACAAGCUGUUGCGUCACUGGGCCAGUGAUGAACAUGGGCAAAGGAAUGCCCAGAAAUGUCCAAAAUGUAAGAUCCACAUCCAGAGAACAGAAGGGUGUGACCACAUGACCUGUUCACAAUGCAACACUAAUUUCUGUUACCGCUGUGGGGAGAGAUACCGCCAGCUCCGUUUCUUUGGAGAUCACACGUCAAACCUCAGUAUAUUUGGAUGCAAAUAUCGCUACCUCCCUGAGAGACCGCAUUUAAGGAGAUUAGUGCGAGGCUCUGUCUGUGCUGGAAAAUUAUUCAUUGCACCCUUAAUACUGGUAUUGGGACUGGCACUGGGAGCUAUAGCUGUUGUAAUUGGUUUAUUUGUGUUUCCUAUCUAUUGCCUUUGUAAAAAGCAGAGGAAAAGGUCACGGACAGGUAUGCCCUGGUAAGAAUGGACCUUACUCACCUGAACUGAGCUGGUCAUGUAAGGGCUACGCAAAAAUUGUGCGAGAGAGCAAUAUAGUACCGGUUAACAGCUUUGAAGCCACAGUCCUGGAAAAAGAAUGGGAACUUUCUGCAAUAUUCCCUCCAGACAGUAUACUACUGCUGACCAGAAUGCCUCCUACUCUGGUGCACUCCAAACAAGAUGGGCCCCCUAACUGCUGCUUUUUAACUUUGUUUUUUACUUUAUUUUUAAAGGUUUAGGUCUAAGUUUCUUUCGUAGACAAUCAAAGUCUGUAUUAUAGCCACAACUCCAUUGAUUGUCCUGUGAAGAAAGCAUUUAAUUGGUAACAUGUUUUCCAUUUAGCUUCUGUAUAGGCCUUUCAGAGGAAAUGCCUAGAGGUGUUUGGACUUUUAGUGUACACUGAAUAGCCUAGCCUGGUUUUAGAGUCUAAUUCUGUAAGUAUUUUUCAUCACACAGUGUUCUGUCUAACAUACCAAUAUGUAAAAUCAGAUGCUGGAAGACGAUGGCUGGUUAUAUUGUCUGCCGAUUUUACCAGCGGAUUAGGGAGUUUAAUCACCUAUGUGGCAGGGGGUCGCCACAGCCAAAAUAUCGGUGCCUCAGAGGGAAGUAAGGAGUAAAAUUAUUGGAACCAAGUCAAUGAUAUUUGUUGUAGUAUUUAAAUUACGUUAGGAAUAUAAGCAAUGAUUUUGGGGAAACUAAUUCUGUAGGACAGUACAGCAUUUUAGCCCCUCCCAGCAAAAAAGAAAUGUCUGUCUUAGCUAAUGAAACAAAUAUUACUGGCCCUUCUGUCUUCAGGCACUCACUGAGAGUGAGAUGGGAAAUGGGUGGGAAAGUCUGUUUUCAUGGUGGAGCUAGAACUAGUAUCUUCAGUUGUAUGUUGGCACAUACACUACAAACAAGCUACAAUAUGAAAAUUCAAUCUAUGAAAUAUUAUUUACCCAAACAGCACGUUUAAGUUAUUAAAUAGACUGCUCACUUCCUAAAAGACCCAAUGUCUCAUGGGUGGGGCAGGCAGAGCGUGGAGGCAAGCAAUUAGAAACAAUCCUACUAGUAUUCCAUAAUUUGUUUUCUCUUCCUUGGUUUUGAUAGUGUACUGUGACAACAGUACCUUUGUUUGAAGAGCUCGACUAGUCCUGCUGUUUAUUCCUAACUUAAAAUCAUAUUAUUCUGACUGACUUCUUUUUCAUAGUCCAUUGCAAUCAGAACAAUUUAAUUAAAGGUUAGGAAUAAAUUACUAGAAAUAAAAAACAAAAAAAAUCCCACUAUCUUGCUAUCAUGCAAAUAUCACUAAAGGUUUUUUUAAAAAAUGUGAGGAAGAAGAAGAAAUGAAAAUGUUUGUAACUAGAAUAUCAAAACAUUAAAGGAGGAGGAGGAAAUAAAAAUAUCAGUUUUUUCCAUAAAGUGUCAGUUGACCUUUAAGAAACAAAAGGAAUAAAAUUGCUUAAAAUGGCCAUAUUAACUGACCACAUCUAACCAGUUUUUUGUAUAUGCUGUGGUUUUAUUUAGUCUCCUUCAAAGCUUGUAGGUAUUGUAAAUUGCAUCCAAUUACAGCAUACAAUUUUGCGAGUAUAUAUUUUUCACUGAUAUCCUUAAAAAAAAAAAUCAACUGAAACCUGAAUAUAGCAGUAGCAAUUUAGUGAUCCAUGUUUACCCCAACAGUAGAGUGUACUUCAACUUCAAAGCCUCAGUGGAAGACAUUGUAGUAGAUUUUGUUUACUUGGCAACCCAAAUGUCAGCUUACCAUAGUUGGCUAGUGUUUGCUUAUUUACAGGCUUUAGCCAGCUUGCUUUUUUUUUUCUUACCAAAACACUGUGUACAAGUAUAUAAUAGUAGCCACGAUAGUUCCAACAGCACCUCUCAGUUCAUCUUCCAUUUCAGUUUAAAGGUAUGCUGACCCUGCAAUGAUUGUGGAAAUAGGACCUUUUCUAAGAGUUUUAUAUUAAAAACUGAGGCAAUUACCUAAUUUCAAAGUAUAGUAUUUCUAAUUAAAAUACAUAUAUUAUGUAACUUUAAAACCGUAUCUGCCAUGACACAUCUGUCCCUUAUUUUGGUUGUACCUGAAAGUUGUCAGCUGCCUUGAAACUAGUCUGUUUUAAGAGAGUCUGUUUUCUGAGGUCAUACAUAUCAGUUGUCUUUGGAUUACUCAGGGAUUUUUAUUCCUUUCUUUUAAAAGUCAAAUAACUUUCUGGGGAUACUUUUGUAUUAUUUAGAAAAGUUCCAGACCUUAGAGAUGUAUAGAGAAUUUUGGUGUUUGCAGUGCAGUCUAUAAAACAGUGUCAAAUCAACUAUUUCAUUUAAGAAUAUCUUAGUACUUGAGAUUUUCUGUAACUGGUUACACAGUGGAAUGAUUCAGUUAUUAUUCCUGGUCCUUUAUAAAUGUUUGAAAUAUUCUUACAAUGUGUAACCUAUUUUUGUAGCUUUUUCAGUAUGGGAGGUUUGAGUUAAUAACUUCAGAUUUUCUUAUGGGAAUGCAAGUAAGAUCUUAAGAUAAGAGAAUGGAAUGAAUAGCAUGCAUUUCCACAUUAGUGCCAUCAGUGUGGGUAGGGUAAUAGAUCUAGUCACUUAUUAUAAUCAAAAAAAUAUUUGUGAACACAAAAAGCAUGCCAUUAAGGUUAAAAAAAUACAAAGUAACAUCUCUCAAUUCCUACAGUACUGUGUCAUCUAGGGCAUUAAUUUAAUCAAGAUAGACAAAAUCAAAUGGAAAUGAUUUUUCCAUUUUGUUUGUACAUAAAACAAAAUUAGCCAAGUUUAACCUAAUGAAUUUAUAAAGAUGAGAGAGUAUGCUUAUCUUUUGUAUGCUCUCUCUCCAAAAGAAUGAUAAGAACAAUUGAUAGUGCUUUCUUCUAUGAGAGGAGAGAGAUUCAGUCCUGGAUUGCUUGCCUACUUUGUAGUUCACUUCUUCACUCUUCUUAAACAAAAAAUAUCUUAAAAAUUUGAACACUAUAUUAAAAAAAAGACUGUUAUAUAUUCUAGUUUAAAUAUGUCAUCACAUAAAUUGACAACUAUUCAAAUGUGAAUACUUUUAAGUUUAACUAUUUUGUUGAUAAAAUUUUGACUUCUAAACAGUCUUUUUAUUUUCUGGAAAAUAAACUUAAUAUUUGAUUUGAAAGUAAAAGUCAAUAUUUUCUAAAUUAUUUCUGAUACACAUAAAUUAUACCAAAAUUUCUGGAAUAGAAUUUAUUUAGCUACUAUGAUUGGGAAAUUGAUAAAUGGUUUUUCAUUCAUCCUCUUACAAAGUAUUUUUAUUUGUAAAUUAUAUAGAAUAAAACCUACAUGACAGAAGUCUUUACUAGACAACAGUUCUGCUCCAUGUUGAUCAGUAAACCACUUCCUUUAAAACACUAAGUUGUUUCCCAUUUGAAUGAUUCUUAAGACAGAUUUCAUGUUACUGUAUGCUGGACCCACGGAUGCAGUAGGCACUUGGAAGUAGCCACAGUAGACAGUAAAAGGUUGUUUUUCAUUUGAGGAGCUCUUUCACACCAAAAGACAUAUUCAGAAUGAGAUUCCACAAGGUAAUUGGAGAGGGGCAGGCCAGUUGAGGACAUGAUCGCUGCCCACUGUAGAGAUUCCUGUGCAAAGAUAAUACAGCCUUAGCCUGAAUUGCCUUUCUACAGCCACCUCUCUGCAAUUGGAAACCUCCCUUAAAAGUAGAUCCCAGCAUCUGCUGCCGGCUAUAUAAGCCCUAUCAUAGUGGCUCCAACUGUGGUCCCAGUAAAACCAAGUUGGCCAGAGGUCCAGGACUUCAGUGUGGAGGGCUCUGGCCUCCUGAUCUUCUUGAAUCUCUGAUUUUCGAUGCCAGCUUUGUUCUUCUUACAUGAGGAGGAACAACCUACAUCCACAAGACAUGUCAAAGACUUCCUCAUUCUUUGUCUCCUCGCAGAUUGUUCUAUCAGAGGAGGAAAUCUGGCCCUGUGUACUUAAAUUGUAACUUUAAGAUACUUAUUUUCAAGGUAGUAGCCCUCCUGGGUGAAAUAAAAUUUGAGGGCAAAAAUUCAGGAGUUGUUAGCCCAGUAUAUAGUUAUUACAGAGUUAUCAGGGCCCCAUGAAAUUAUGAAUAUUGUACUGAAAAGUAUCCUCUUAAUCUUGCAUUCUGACUGACUACUCUGAUUAUCUCUGCUCUGAAUGGCUAGUGCCCUAGAACUUCCCACCCAUAUGUUCACAACAAACACUGCCACCUGCCAAUCUAACUCUAGUUUUUCCAAUAUUUCUCUCUCCCAUGCUGCUGUUUGCCCCUUGAGGAAGGCUUAGUCCCUUCUCUUCCUUCACUUAGUAUAAUUAAAUUGUGUUUAGUGCAACUAGGUGAGCUUACAGGGUGGGAAGGGGACCAGAAGCUGAGACAACCAUAUUUGUGACAGGCAUGUUAUGGAGUUCUAGGUGCAGUGGCCUUUCAUAGUGGAGGUAUUUGUGUAACUGUAAGGUGAUUAUGCAGGGAAUUGCAUAUUGUAUUAUUGGAAAAUAACUAGUUAUUGUGCAAAUCCUGUUACCUUAGCCAAUAAGAGUGCAAUGAAUUACGCAACUGAAAAGUGGGACUGAGUCAAUAACUGUACCACAAUCCUGUCCUCCAGUUGAUUAUAACAUUUCCUUUUCAGUAUCACAAAGUAUAUUUACAACAUUUCCAAUUUUUAUCACUUAUUUAUAGCACAGUAUAGUCAUAUCUUUAAAAUAAUUAAAAAUGCACUUUCAGUUCACCUCUGUGAUCUCCCUUUAGGAUAGCAAGGGCUGAGGAUCUGUCCACAGUUCAUUUUUUGAGAUACUAUAUAAAUAGUCGUUUAUUGCACAGCUCUUGAUGACAUGGUGGUUUUUUUUAUUGCAUCUGUUCACCUUGCUUUUGGAAAAAAUGAUGUUUUAAUUUUUCUAUAAUAUUAAUGAGAGGUGAAUAUUGCCAAUAAUACUUGAAAGUAUGUGCAUUGCCACUAUGAAUUUUGUUUAGCCCAGUGAGCUGUCUGUUUUUCCAAAGAGUCAUAGCAGUUAAUGUGACAUUAAAAAAAAAAAAAGUGCAGGACAGUAAAACUGUCUCUUGUAGUGGACUGAUAAUUCUUUGCUUACAUCUGAUGAAAUGAUUCUUAGAGAAUUUAAUGGUUUCUCUUGUCAAGUGUAUCUAAUUGGUUCAAAUUCAGUGGCCAAAUGGAUUACUUUUACAGACUUCGAACUUUUAAAUCUUGUGGCAUUUGUUUCUGGAGUGGAGCUUAUACCGUUUAUAAUUCUUGGCCAUGGUUAUGGCUGUAUAAUUUUAAGUUGUGGGUGUGAGCCAUGGGCCAUUAUAACUUAAAUCUAUAUUAGAUCACUUUGAAUUUUGCUGAUGGGAAGCAUCCUAAAGGAGCACUUUGUUGGAAGAGAAUUUCAUGAUUUCUUCAUCAGUAGCCUUUUAGUUGCAGUGGGCCAAAUAUGCUGCUGGUGUUUGCUGCAGGCACAACUCCAUUGGAAUCACUGAAGAUGCAUAUAUUUGUAUGCCAGUAGUAAAUUUGGCCCACAAUGUUUUGACCAAGUUACAUGAAGUUAUGUUUAAGGACUGUAGCACAGCAACUGUAAAAUCAGAUGAUUUUACAUCUUCUGUAAGAGCAGAAUUUUUCAGAAAGGUGCUCUCCUCUCCAUCCUUGUAAGGCAUCCUAUCUUUUUUCUAUCAAAACCUCCUAGUAGUUUCUUCAUAGUAACACUAGCACCGGAUUUUCUUUGGUUGUUUUUUUUUGUGGGGAAGCGAGGCUAGACUUUUUUCUGGUAGAAGAACAGUUGAUUUGGUCUCAAAUUGCUUUCUCUGGAAGGUUCCAUGCUAAAGGAAUGUUGACUUGUAAUAAUACGUAGCCAUUUUUCCUCUUUGGGAUACUGGUAAACCACUUUGUAUAUGGUGUUUAUUUAGGCAUUUUUUAAAGUCUGCCCUAUUCAGCAGACCCAUAUCAGUAAGUUUUAGGAACUGCAACCUGCAGAUAUCCAGAGUUUUUAAGAGGGACUUUCACACUGGGACAAACUUGAAAAAGAGUACUCAUAUACAAUUUGCAGUAGAGUUGCUAAUUUUUUUUUAUUUUUUUUUUUUUUGUAUUUUGCCUAUUGUUAGUAGAGAUAUUUACAUCAAGGAAACUCUUUCAGAACCCAGCUUCAUCAUUUGUUAUAUUUUGUAGUGAAGUAGUCCUGUGAUUCAGAAAUCAGCCUGACAUGGAAAACAGUGAUGUCAUGAUUCAACAUUUUGACUUCACUUACAUAGGAGUAAUUGGCUUGUUAGGAGGCAAGAAAAAGUAAAAUAUAUAAAAAGAAUGAAUGUAAGUUUAAAGUGUGACUGUAUUUGUAAUUUUUCAUACCAUUGAGUUGAUCUAAGCAAAAUUGUCCCCAUAACACAUUGUGACUCCUUAAAAACAGGACCUACUACAAAAUUACUUCCUGUUCACAGGACUGUAAUUUUCCUGAUCCAGCUUCUUCCAUGUCAUUCCAAGUGAUAGUAAAGGCUUUAGAGCUAUCUAUAUUCUCAUCUUAUAAAAAACAUUAGCAGGGAAACAUUAGCAGUGAAAGGCAAAAUCAUUAAUGCUCUUUUUAAUAUGGCAGUAAAAUACUUGCCAAUACCUAUGGUAGAAUAGGAACUUGAUUAUAGAAUGUAUGAUGUAUAUGAGAGUGUGUAAGUAAGGUACAGUUGCUUGUUUCUUAGAAAAGUAAAACUGGAUGUCUAAAUAUGUCUCAUCUUUCCCUUUAAAAAUUAUUGCAAGUCUUAUUAUAUAAAAUUAAAAGACCCUGUUCUCAAUGGUUAUUAGGAAAAAAUACUGUGUACAGCGCAGCAGAAAACCUUUCAUUUUCUGUUCGGCUCAGGUGAAAAACUGAACAGUAAAUCUGAAAUUGUUGUAUGGAUCAAAGUCAAAAUGGCAGAGAUUUAUUUGAAAAUUAUUAGAGAAAUACCCAGUUUUACACUAAAAAAACAAAAACAAAAAGUUUGUGCAAGACCCUUUUAAACAUCAGUGCAUGCCAGCCCCUUGCAUUUCCAGCUAUGUUUCAGAAGACCUGGCAUAGGCAAUUAGGAAAUUCUUGGAAAACAGUGAAACAAAAAUGAUAUUUUGUUAGCAGUUUUUAUUUAUUUAUUGUCACUAACUCAGCAUAAAGUUAUUAAUGUGAUCCCAUGAUUGUCUCAUUUUACAAAGGAAAAAAGGUGAAAUGAAAAAACAUACAGUCAAAACAAGCUGUUAAAAUAUGAACACUGCUGCUUGUAAAUUGCUGAUACAGUCAAGAAAUGCGCUCAUAUCUGAUCCAAGCUCCAAGGGAAGCCAAACAGGUUCAAUCUUGAGCCAUGUCUCUUUUUUUUUUUUUCAUGGAAAUUGCAGUUAAGAAUUUUUCAUGUCAAUCUACAUUCUCCUGCUUCAUAUCCAGAAAUUACAAGUACAAGGAGGUAAAUUUACAUUUCUCUGUUUGUGCCAUCUCAUAAUAAAAUGUUUACCUUAUUGCCAGUUGUUACACAUAUUGUUUAAUUAUAUUCUCAACUCUCAAACUGAUAGUUAAAGUGGCUAAAGAAGGAAAUAAUUGCAUUUAAAAUUGACCACUUGAGAUAAUAUUGGUACAGUAUUACUAUUCGUUAAUGCUGUUUAGCAUAUAUAAAUAGUAUCACAUUUGGUAUUAUAGUAUGAUAAGAAUGUUAUCAUUACAUAAUAUUGUUCAGUUUAAUAGCAAUGGCUCCUAAAAAGAAAAUGAUCUUAGGCUAGUAUAAAUGGAUGUAACUCAAUAGACUUCAGUGAAGCUAGGCAGAUCUAUAAAAGCUGAGGAUCUGACCUAUUAUAUUUUUUAUGGGAAAUUUAAAAACAAACUCCCAAUGUCUCCUUUGGGAUUUUAAAUUAAAUUUCUAAAAAAAUUCCAAAAUUUGACAGCCUAAAAUCUUUUUUGUCCAAUCUUGAACUGUUCAGGGCCAAAUUUCUUAUCUUCAAUGGCAAUUAAAUCAUUGAAAUAAAAUAGGUUAUUUUUUGUAUGUGAUAUACAUAAGUACAAUAUAUGGUGAGAAAAUAAAAAUAUUACUUCUGCUCCUAGCAUUGUUCAGAACAUAGGUGGUGAUCCUACUUAUAGCAAAAUCAGUGACAAAUCUUUCUCCCCUUAUAUGAAGUAGAUAGGAAUGCUGGGGCAAGAGGGAAUUCGGAUUCAUUAAGUAAGCAGUUUCUCCAAAUUUAUUUUAAAAUGAAAAGUUGCACACAUGAAUAAGACUCUAAUACAUCUCUUAGGUAGUCAACAAAGAGAGAGAAACAUAAAGGCCAUUAAAAAUUGGAAAAGGGGGUAUAAUAUUAACACUUGCUUUUCAGCUUUGAUUUAGAGUAUUGUGUCUUGACAGCAUGCUUUUAUUAACUUAUGUUAGUGCCUUAUUACUUGAAUCAGUUGAGUUUUCCUUUAUAAAAGAGCCAUAUAGGAAAUAUUGACAAGUUGAUUGCUAUAUAUAGACAUCUUUAGACCCAAAGUCUUUUUUUCUGAAACAGGGAUAUUUCAACAUAAUACAUUUUAGGAACAAGAAAGGUAAUCUAACCUUUCUGUUUUUUAAAGUACUAUUCACUCCCCCUCCUUUUCCAGAAAUGCAUCUAAAUAUGUGUUGUCAGUGUUCAUUUUGUCUUCUAAUAAAAGUAACUGUGGGUUUUGACAUCACCUUUCAGGCCAAAUUUUAGAUGAGAGAGAAUGGUGGAGCCAGCUUUUCCAACCGGGGGGGGGGGGGGGGGCAUUUGUGGAGACUUCCUGUCUAAUGGAUGUACUCCUCCUCUGCCACCGCAUCCUUUUUGCCCUGCUGAGGGAGUACCUACCUCCUGCAGCAGCACCCUCCAUCCCGACACCACAACCCUAAUCCUGGCGCAGUGCAGGAAGGAGACCUUAGGGAUGGGGGCGGGGGGAGGGCUGGAAAGCAAGCCUGCCCCGCGCUCACGUGGUAGUGGUGGCUCCUGACCCACAGGGCUGGGCCUAGCUCCCUACUCUGGAUAUUGCAACCUAGCACACACAUCAUAAGAGCAUCAUUUAGAUUUGGCCUGGUCACCGUUUCAUCAUGAAUUUGAGUGAGUGGAAAUGUGAUGUGGCUCAUGGGGUUGCCAUACCACUUGAACCUGUGUGCCAUGUUGCAACUCCUGAAAUGUGCAACCAGGCCCAGCCACAUGGGACAGGAGCAGAUGCUGCUGGGUGAGUUUGGGGCAGGCUUGUAAUGUCUGUGGCAUCCAAGGAUGAUUGAAGAGACAUCCUAGCUAAUAUUUGACCCUCCAUGAUGAUGGCCUGAAACUAUUCCCUCUGAAAAUGUUGUCAUACACCUCCUUUUGUCAGUUACAUAAUAUUCUUGAAAAGCCACCACACAUACAACUAAAGGCCACUGGGGGAGGGGCAAUUGCCCCCUACCUAUUAGUUCUGCUACUGAUGAUACAUUAAAAGUUAUAAUCCUGGAUUAAAGAGAUUUAUUCCUGUGUGAAGAGACUUGAGUUAAUUUGAAACGGAUACAUGCCAUACUGAGUCUCAGUCUCAAAAAGGAGGAUGUGAUUGCAACUUCUUUCCUGCCUUCUGUCAAACUAUUGGGUGAAGUCCCAGCCCCCACUGACUUCAUUGAGGGCCAGGAUUUACUCAUUAUAUUCUAGAUCGUUACAUAGGUACCAUAAAAAGUUACUGAUCCCUUUUUUUGUCUCUUUCCUCAAAUCUGGUGUCAGAAUAAGGAAUACAUUCUGUUUCUGAAUUUUUGUAGAUUCUUCUGAAUUGUUGAAAAUUAAAAAAAAUAAAGACCAAUAAAAUGUCAAUUGUCAAAAGAAAAUUACUGUAGGCAAACUGAUUUUUAGAUGAAAACUAAUGCUUGUUUUAGAAAAUUAUUUCUUCAUGAAACUAUGGUCAUAAAUAUGCUUCCUUUAUAAACUGUUUUCUACACUCUGUCUAGUUUGACCAAAAAUAAGGUUGUGUGGCUUUUGUUUUGUAGAGCCUUUCCUGUUACUGAAAUUUCUGAAUUCUAGAAGAUGUUUCAUCCAGUGCAGUUAGCUUAAAUUACAGUAAGGAAAAUCUUUGAAGAAAUUAUUAUUCCCACCUUUGAAGUUCAACUUUUUAUAAAGAAACAUACAAGUACUUCACUAGGAUUCAGUCAGAUAUGUCUUAAUUUCAACAUACUACAAUUCUGAAGUUACUAAGAACAGGGAAUUUGCCUGAGAGUCUCACUUCAGUGAGACUUAUUGAAUUGCCAUAACCCUUGUUGAUACCCUCUCAUAUCAAUAGCUUUAUUCCUGUAGUAUCUUAAAUUUAUCAGAAUUAAGUACUCUACAGUCUAUUGAAUGAGAUGUAUCGUACCAUGUAUCGUAAGUCUUCAGCUAUCAUAAGAGAAAUAUGCAGUAUGUGUGUAACAAAUUGUUCCCUCCUAAGCAUAUUCCUCUCUCCUUCCAUGCAACUAAAAUACUGAAAGAUAAAGGAUAAUUCUUAUCUUGUGUUUCUAUUUGAAAAUUACAUUGUACAGCAAAAUUAUUUAAAGCAACAUUUUAGCAAGAGUGAUUGUGUCUAUACUAAAUUUGUGAAUAUUAAUCUAAACAUCUCUAUGCUACAGUAAUUUGACAAAAAACAAAACAAAACCCUCAAUACAUGAUUUUAGGCAGUAUUUUUUUUUUUUUACUAAUCUACCUUCCAGACUGAUAUUUUAGAAUUAUAUCAAUGGCUAUUACUGAAUAUGCUCCCUCCACAAUUGCUUCAGUUUGUGUCAAUGUUUUGUAAUUAAUAAUUUUUGCUAUCUUUUUGAGUGCCUUUUGUUUUAGGUGGCCUAUAGACAAUGUUUAUCCUCUAUCAUCCUCUGUACAAUCUGCCAUAGGAGUGGCUGACUAAACUUGUACUAAUGAAUGUAUAAUAAUUAAAAUGAAUCCUGUUCUUCAAAAACAUUUAGACACAGGUUGUAUAUGCACAUGUACAAAAACAUGGAAAGAAGGAAAAGCAUCAUCCUGCUGGACGGGACCUUUUGAAAUUUAAGUGAAAUUUUUAACUGUUUAUUUUCAAAAUGGUACCUCACUAAUAUUCAUUUAUAGGAAUGUUCCACUUUGCUAAAUCCAAUCACACUUACUGUAGGCAUUUUCAGUAAAGAGUGUCCAGUGAAUCUGGUGUAUAUCCUGUGAGUGAAGUUCAUAAGUCAGAAGCUUAUGGUGCUUCAGUGCUUUUGAAUGCAUCCCUUUGACUUUCAUCAAUAUUCUAAUGUCCCUUAUUUAUGAGGAAUUAAAAGGAAAUUUUUUCAAGAUGAAACUGGAGGAUGUUAUAAAAAGAAUCUGAAUGCACUUUACCUGUUCUAAUCUUGGGAAACAGUGUUCUGAAUAUGUUAAGAUAUGGAUUGUAUGAAGGUAUACACAGUGAAGUUUUUCUUUACUUGCAUGCUGAGGGUCAUACAGUGUCAUCUAGUAAUGUCUACCUAAUAAAGUUUUGGAGAGGAAAAAGCUA